UUUUUUCCUCUUUUCCUUCUUCCAUUUUCUAUCCUCUCCUCAUAUUCUCAAUACAUACCACCGUUGUAAUAUAGUUCAAUAGCACAUCUCUCUUAGACAAACGUAUCCAAAUAGACAAUCAACAAUGGGUAUCAUUGAUCCUCUCUGUGUUGCUUCUGAUGGGGCCACGCUUUUCGCACUGAUCCUCGAACCUCAUACAAACACCAACAUGCCAUAUUAUUACGUUAUCAUCAAAUCCAACAGCAACCCCUCCCCCAAUCUUAACGAUCUCCAAUGGACCCCUGUCUCUGAAAGGAAGAUUUCCACCUUGAGUCAAUUAACAGGGGAGGCCAAGGCCAAUGAAUUUGUUUGUGCAGUAGACGGAGGACAAUUUUCAAUCCUCUCAACCCGUGGCAAACCUGUAACACUAGUUGCUGCUACAUUCCGUAGUGGGCCAAUUGGAAUCCAGUAUUCGCCUGUUGGUGGAUAUGACAACGCGAACCCUACCCUGGAUGAAUGGCGGGAGAUGACUAUAGGAGAGACUUACUAUUGGAAUAAGAGUUACGGCAGUCAACUUUUUUAUUUCAAAUCCUCUCUUGAUGGGUCUCCGACACUAAUGCAUGUGACAGCUGAUGGUCCCAAUGGUACCCGUCUAUCCAGAUAUUCGAAUCCAUCAAUAGAACAGAAUUCACAACCCUGGCACCUGCCAAACGAUACUAUUAGAGAUGCCCAAACAGUCGGGGUCGCUCAGAAUACGCUAUUUAUAUUUAACAGCAAUAACCUCGCAGGUACUAUAUCAGCUUUGACCCUCACCAACGCAUCCGCUACCGAUCUCCCAUUGUCGAAUGCAGUCAUUCAUGAUGCAUCCGCUGUUUUGAAAGGCUGCAGUACUUUUAUGGGCACCAGAGUCUUGACAUAUGGAAGUGAUAUCGUCAUUUUAUGCAAGAAUCCUUCGUUAGGUUACAAAACUGAUGUGUGGCAUUUCAAUGGAAAAGAGUUUAGUCAAAUCGCUUCAGGGAUUCAGGCAGCACCAGAACCCAGAUCUAUGGCCAUUGUUGGACUAUCUGCAUCACCCCCCAACCCAUUCAUCUUUAUGCAUGAUAUAUCAGGCGUCUACAGCAUACCUUUAAGUGGCAGUCGGAAAGGAGAGUGGAUCUCUGGAUUAUAUAGAGUGAAUAUCUCAGGUUAUGGGCCAGAAUAUCAAAAUGAUGAAUCCGAUAAUGGCGGAUCAUCAGCCAAUCGUAUCGCCAUCAUCAUUGCUAUGCCUGCACUAUUAGUAAUCGGCAUUGCAUUGGGAUGGAUGCGUUUUUACUAUAAUCGAAAGCUUUCUGCGGAGAAAAGUAAAUUGCAACAGUUAUCACAAGGGCAGCAACAGCCGCAAAACCAUGAUGGAUAUCCACAGGAAUAUAAACAUCAAACCAACAAUCUCAACUGGGAUGGAAAAGCGCCUGGGCCUCAAGGAGGGGAGUUGUAUAUGGAGCUAAAGUGCGAUGGGCCUUUCACACCAUGGUCAAGCACAGAUCAACUACCCAGACAUGUAGCAGCAGAGUCAACCUCAAGCCAAAAAUCAGGAGGAUCGAAUGAUUCGCCAUCAAUUACUGGGCUGCCAUUAUCACAGCCAAGGAAACAAUAUAGUCGAUCACAAUCGAGUUUUAUGGCUAUGCGUAAAUGGCUUACUCCACCUCCUCGUUCCAAGUCAUUCUCCACGACCUCCACCAUAUCAAACACGAUUUCAUCUGGAGUCAAUGAUCUGAACUCGAGCAGUUCCAAGCGAAAAGUUGGAAAUGGUGAGACCUUGUCAACAAAGUGGUUUACAUCAGAUAUGAUUGAAGGCACAUCAUCAUAUAAUUCCACGUCCACACUAGCAGGAGAUAGCUACUCUGCUGCUAGUACACCAGUCUUUUCAACUCUCACGUCCGCCGCCCCUCCUAUGAGCGUCAUUACUAUACCUUCAUAUUUUUCGCGGCCAAAUACAGCAGGAUCGGCAGCAGAUUACGGAUUUUUCUUACUCAGCGACCGACAAGUGCAUAGCCCUCAUGCGAUCAUAGAGGAAGGAACCCUUGCAUCAGUAAUACCAGCAACAACACUAAUAUCGACGUCAACUUCAAUAUCAACGUCAAAGUCACCAUUAACCCAGGAUGAAUAUCAUGAUACCCAAGCAGAAGAACGGCAUGCGUAUGCACAGUCAACUACUAUACCGCCAUCCCGACCUAGUACGCGUUCAUAUCCGGAAAUGGACCCUGAGAUGAUACCCCCUACAAUGCCCAAUAGUCCACACGUAAACGUGCCGCCAAUAGAGAUCCAGUCUUGGUCAUUGUCUGCAUCUGCUUCUAUCUCUGUCCCUGUUCCUGUGGACGACCAGAAACCAAAGGAAGAUGAGGAUCAAAUUACAAAAUAAAUCCUAAAAAUAAUCAAG